AUGACCCAAAAUCUCAACACCACUUGGGAGGGCUUGAACCCUCUCAAUUCCUCGAGACCGCUUGAAAACCCUCUGACCCACCAGAACAUUACCUACGUUGAUUUCUACCUCCACAAGCCGUCUGUGGCUGCAGUCUUCACCGUCUCCUACCUGUUCAUCUUCCUGGUGUGCAUGGUGGGUAACGGGGUGGUGUGCUUCAUCGUGCUGCGCAGCAAGAACAUGCGAACGGUCACCAACCUGUUCAUUCUCAACCUCGCCAUCAGUGACCUGCUGGUUGGCAUCUUCUGCAUGCCCACCACACUGGUGGACAACAUCAUCACAGGAUGGCCAUUUGGUAGCCUAGUGUGUAAGCUAAGCGGUAUGGUUCAAGGGAUAUCCGUGUCAGCAUCUGUGUUCACUCUGGUGGCAAUAGCUGUUGACAGGUUCCGCUGCAUUGUCUACCCUUUCAAGCAGAAGCUGACCAUCGCCACCUCUAAGCUAAUUAUCGUCAUCAUAUGGGUCCUUGCUGUAUCCAUCAUGUGUCCCUCCGGGGUCAUGCUCCAGGUCACAAAGGAGCAGAGGGUGCGGAUAGUAAUUGGCAGCAACAACGACACCCGCCCGUUCUACUGGUGCCGGGAAAAUUGGCCCAAUCAGGAGAUGCGGAAAAUCUACACCACUGUCCUGUUUGCCAACAUCUACCUCGCUCCCCUCAGCCUUAUCGUCAUCAUGUACGCCCGCAUCGGCAUCACCCUCUGCAAGACCGCAAUUCCUCAGUUGAGGGGCAGCGGAAGCAUGUCUGAGGAGGGCGGUGGCAACAACAAACCUAGUGUGGAGGGUCGUCACACAAUUUCCAAGAAGAAGAAUCGGGUGAUAAUGAUGCUGCUGAUUGUGGCUCUGCUCUUCAUCUUAUCCUGGCUUCCUCUGUGGACGCUGAUGAUGCUGAGCGACUACGCUAGCCUGACAGAGCACCAGUAUCGUGUCAUUAACAUCUACGUGUAUCCCUUAGCCCACUGGUUGGCCUUCUUCAACAGCAGCGUCAACCCCAUCAUCUAUGGGUUCUUCAACGAGAACUUCCGCAGAGGCUUUCAGGCUGCUUUCAAAUUCCAGCUGUGCUCGGAGGGCAUCAGGCGCCAGAGGAGCUACUCCAUUCGGAUCCGAGGGAACGCUGUGCUCCCCAUCCAGCCUGCUGUCGUCAGUAGACAGAGCUCAGUUGUCAGGUCGGUGUUAGUGGGGAAUGGGAAAUGCUCAUGUCAGGAAGGAGGGAGCCUGGCUGCCAGAAGUCAUAUCAAAGAGCAGGACCUGAUGAUGGAAGACCUGGAAAAGGUGUCCCAGAUUUAG